AUAAUCCAGUGCAAGUGUUUUAAACAUCUCUAUUCAUGGGUUUGGGGAGCGAGAGUGACUCGUGGUCGGACAGCAGUUCGGAAGACAGCUUCUGCUCGGGCUCGUGCCACGCUGAACACAUCCUGCAGGUCCUGAACGCCUUCAGGCAGAGCGCCACCUUCACGGACGUGGUGCUGCUGGUGGAGGGCCGAGAGUUCCCCUGCCACCGGGCCACUCUGUGCGCCAGCAGUCGCUACUUCCGCACCAUGUUCACAGGGCAACUGCGCGAGAGCCGGCAGGCCGUGGUGCGUCUGGAAGAGGUGUCGGCUGCUGCCAUGGAGCACUUGCUGGACUUCAUCUACGAGGGCCGGGUAAGGUUGCAGGAGGAAAGUGUGGAGAGGGUCUUCCAUGCUGCUGACUUGCUGGAUGUUCCUGCGCUGUCCCGGGCCUGCGUGGACUUCCUGGAGCAACGAGUGUGCCCCUCUAACUGUCUGGGCCUCAUAGACUUUGCCGGGCUCUACUCAAUAGAGCCAUUGCUGGAGCGCUGCCAGGUCGUCCUGUACCAGGACUUCGAAAUGGUCUCCAAGCAGGAGGAGUUCCUAGAGUUGCCUUUGGAAAGGGUAUUGGAGCUGCUGGACUCCGAGAAGCUGCAGGUGCAAGAGGAGGUGCUGGUGGAGGUGGCGCUAGGCUGGGUCUACCACCGGCGCAACCAGAGGAGAGCAGCACUCAGGACGCUGCUGGAGAGGCUCCGGCUGCCCCUGCUGGACCCUGUGUUCUUCACGGACAGGCUGGAGGCAGAUGAGCUUGUGCAGGAAUGUCGCGAGUGCUGGCCCUUGCUGCAGGAGGCCAGACGGUACCACAUGUAUGGCAGGGAGAUCAGCUCUGAGAGAACCAAACCCAGGAGGCGAUCAGGUUGGGCUGAGACGAUUGUGGUGAUCGGAGGUUGUGACAGAAGCGGCAUUUCUAGACUCUCUUUCGCCGAGAAACUUGAUCCGAUCUCAAAGAAGUGGCUCCCUUCAGCCACUCUGCCAGGAUACUCCAAAUGUGAAUUUGCUGUCUGUGAACUCCAGAACGACAUUUAUUUAUCAGGUGGGCAGCUGAACAGCUCGGACGUGUGGCGCUUCAUGUCUCCAUUGAACCAGUGGGUGCGUGUGGGCGGCCUGCUGAAGGGCAGAUGGCGACACAAAAUGGCCUCUCUGCGUGGAAAGCUGUACACUGUGGGAGGUUACAACGGGCAUCAGAGGCUGAGCAGUGUGGAGUGCUUCAGCGUGUUCGAGAAUGCCUGGAAAGCUGUGGCUCCUCUGUUGCUGGCGGUCAGCUCAGCCGCUGUGGUCAGCUGCGCCGGAAAGCUCUACGUUAUCGGCGGGGCCGUGAGCGACAAAUGCAACACCAACAAGGUGCAGUGCUAUGACCCCAUGAAGGAUCAGUGGACGUACGUGUCGCCCUGUCCGUUCUCUCAGAGAUGCAUAAACGCAGUGUCCCUCAAUGGCUCCAUCUACGUGGCUGGAGGUCUGCUGGAUACGAUCUACUGUUACACUCCCCGAAACGACACCUGGGGCAAAGCAGCAGACCUGCCCAUGAAAGUGGAAAGCUGUGGGCUGACCGUGUGCAAUGGAAAGGUGUAUGUGGUGGGAGGCCGAGAUGAGUUCGCAGCUGCCGUUGACCGCAUGUGGGCGCUUGACCCAGCGAGCGGCCGGGUGACCGAAGAGACGCCGAUGACGCGCAGCUUGAGCAAUCACGGCUGUGCCACCAUCACACAGCACCUAGAACCCAAGUAA